AUGGACGACGACGACGACGUCGCCGGCGGCGGCGGGCUCGGGUCGUUCGGGCGCCUCCAAACCGCGGCGCAAGCGGGGGCGUUGGUACUCGGCCCGCCCACCGCAGAGUGGGACGAGGAUAUCGGCGCAGGGCCGCCGCAGACGCUGACGCUGACGCAGACGCAGACGCAGACGCAGACGCAGACGCAGACGGCGGCGCGGUCGGAUGGAGACAGAGACGGAGACGUAGCAGACGGACGAGACGCGGCGGACCCGGCGGGUUCGCUCUUCGUCCCCGCGGCGCUCAACUGUUACCUCCGCGAGUACCAACGCGAGGGCGUGAUGUUCCUGUACAAGCUCUACGCGACCAGAAAAGGCGGCGUCUUGGGCGACGACAUGGGCCUCGGGAAGACGAUCCAAACGAUCGCGUUUCUCGCCGCGGUGCUCAAGUCUCCGGCGUCGUUCGACGCGUGCACCGGCGCGCCGCCGCCGCCGGCGCUGAUCGUGUGCCCGACCUCCGUGCUGACGAACUGGGAGCGCGAGCUCGCGAGGUGGGGCGAGCACCUUCCGGACGGCGGGUUCGUCGUCGAGAAAGUCCACGGCGCGGACAAGGCGGACGCGUGGGCGAGGGUGAAGGCGAAGGCGUCGGACAUAGGCAUUGUGCUCACCGCGUACGAUACGUUUCGUCUCGGCGUGGACGAGAUGACGUCGCAGCGCUGGUCCGUCGUCGUCUUCGACGAGGCGCACCGGCUGAAGAACGACAAGACGAUGCUGUACGAAGCCGCGCGGAGGUUACCGCGGGAGCGUCGGUUCGGGCUCACCGGGACGGUGAUGCAAAACUCGUACGACGAGCUGUGGUGUUUGCUCGACUGGGCGUGCCCCGGGAGCUUAGGCGGUCUGAAAGCGUUCAAGGAGUACUACAGCAAGUACAUGCAGCAAGCGCAAAGGUUCGGCGCGGACGAUUACACGCUCGGAAGAGGCAGGGACAGGGCGGAUCAGCUGAAGCGGUUGUUGCGGCGGUACGUCCUGAAGCGCACGAAAAAAGUGGUCCUCGCCGGGCAACUCCCGGAGAAGUCCGACAACGUCGUGUUCUGCGAGCUGUCGCCGUUGCAGCGAAGGGUGUACCGCCGGCUGUUAGACUCGCCGGACAUGCAGCUGCUCGUGCGGUUCGCGGAGGACUGCGACUGCGGCAGCGGCGAGAGGCGGUCGUCGUGUUGCUACGCCGCCCCCCCAGACGGCCACCGCGCGUGCCCGCACUGCAUGUCGCUCGUGUACAUCAACAUCCUGCUGCGCUUGAGCAACCACCUCGAGCUUCUGAAGCCGGACCACGGCGACGAGGACAAGGAGAAGGUGGCGAGGGAUGAAGUCGUCGCGAAAUUCGCGCUCGGAGAGGACGCGCACUUGUUGGGCGGCGCGGACAGGCAAGACAACGACUUCGCGCGGAUAUCCGCCGCGACCAACUGCGGGAAGCUGUUGGCGCUCGAGAAACUCCUCGAGAUUUGGCACCGCGCGAACGACAAGGUGUUGCUCUUCAGCAAGAGCACGCGCCUUUUGGACAUUCUCGAAAAGUUUCUCUCGCGGCGUGGGUACGUGUACUGCCGGCUCGACGGCGGGACCGCGCAAAACGCGCGGCAGCCGCUCGUGGACGACUUCAACAACUCGUCGUCGAUGUUCGUCUUCUUGCUCUCCACGAAAGCCGGCGGCGUGGGGUUGAACAUAACCUCCGCGAACAGGGUCGUCGUGUUCGAUCCGGACUGGAACCCGGCGUUGGAUCUCCAAGCGCAAGACCGCGCGUAUCGCAUCGGACAACGACGAGACGUGAACGUGUACCGGUUCAUCGCCGCGGACACGAUCGAGGAGAUUGUGUAUCAGCGGCAGGUGUAUAAACAGCAGCAGAGCAACGUCGCCGUGGACGCGGUCCGCGAGCGCAGGUACUUUGAGGGCGUGCAAGGGGACAAACGUCGACAGGGCGAGCUCUUCGGUUUAGAGAAUCUUUUCACGUUGGCGCGGGAGGGG